AUGGGAGAUGUGCGGUCAGACGACGCCAUGUUUGCCAGGUUGCAGGAAGAUGUCGAGUCAAAGCUCACCGUAGGCGGUUGCGCCUACUCGGAGCACCUCAUACCGGGGGCUGGACCGUGGGUCUGCGAGGUCAACGGACAAUCGUAUGUCUGGCAUGCUGCUACGCGGGCCUAUUGGAUCCAUGUCAAUGUACUCGACGACGACGAGGUUGCGAAGUUCACUGCGCUGGUGAAAAGCAGGGCCCAGAUUCACAAGUACCUGGAGGCAGGUCUUGGAACGGCUAUCCUUGACAAGUAUGAAGGCGUCCACAAGGACCGUCGUGACGAUUUCCUCAAGAAAGUUGCACUCGGGUACCAGAGCCAGCUCGAUGUCUAUGUUCAGAUCUUCACGAACAAGUUCUGGGAGAAGGUGGUCGAACGCUUUGACCAUCUUCCGACUCAGGAGGACCUUCUUGAACGCCACAGUGCAAUCUCUGACAUCGCCAAUACGUUCACUUAUGACGCCGCAUGUGACGAGAUUCGCAAAUACUGGGAGAAUGUAUCCAGGUCUGCUCAAGGCAUCGACCUCACGACAGACUUGGAGGACAUGCUCCACGCGGUAAAGGCCAGCUCCAAGCUCACCGCCCAGUGGCGCAUCAAGCAGAGCACCCAUGAGCCGGACGUGGACGACAAGGACGAAAGGACGAACCUACCGCUUGAGAACAUCUGGGAGCUAAGCUUCCAAAGGAGGAAGCGCAAGCGGGGUUCGGCCUGCUAUCCAGUACAUAGCUAUCCCUACCAGCCUCUCAUCAUGAUCGUUCAGGGCAUCUUCGACCGUGGUGGCAAAGGGAGCGAGCGCGAGCACGCCGGUCUUCAAGAGGCGCCCGCCCAGCGACCGAUGGGAAGACUUCGCCCCCAUCCUUCAACAAGGCCGAAACUUUCUAGUUUCGGCCUGCUAUCCGGGAGCGAGCGCGAGCACGCCGGUCUUCAAGAGGCGCCCGCCCAGCGACCGAUGGGAAGACUUCGCCCCCGUCCUUCAACAAGGCCGAAACUUUCUAGUUUCGGCCUGCUAUCCGAAAUGCAUUAUAUUCCCUUGAGGGUGCUGUACAUCGCAACAGCCAACAGUUUGAGGAGAUUGUUCCACGACCGGUACCUUUUAACGCUCUGGAACUGUAACGGGCCUAAAUGGGGGUCGACCCAGCAACCUCUCAGGAACAUGCCUGAGUCGACAGCAAAGCCCUCCGAAGCAACCCGGAGCAGCCGCAGCUCCCGCAGUGGGAGCCGCAGCAAGCUCAAGGCGUUGCGCGCGGAGAUCAAGGCAAAGCUCGCCGCGAGCCAAGAGCGGGUCGAGCAAGCACUCGCCGAAGCCGCCGCGAGCCAACAGCGGAUAAACGCCGUGCUCGAGGAAUGCAAGCAGACCCGCGAGGAUCUGCUCGUAUCCGUCGACGAGGCGCUGUCUGCGGCGAGCUCCAGCAGCCGCAGCCGCUCCUCGCGCACGCACACCGCCCGGACUGAGUCCUCCGACCAGGAGAACUCAGCCAGAGCAUCUACGGAGCAGACGCCAUCCGACUGCGAGGUCGAACGCGCACCGCACCCUGAGCAACCCGAGCCCACCGCCGAGUCUGCUCAGAGCCAACCGGAGGACCAAUCCCGGGCUGCCCCAGUUCCAGCAGCGAAGCCGCGCACCACUCCGAAGAGUGGUGCAUGCGCCGAGCUCAAUGACGCCGCCGCAGUCGCACCCGCGUCCGGGAUGAACGAGCGGCGUGUUCCGCCGAUUCAUGUUCAUGCUCGGGAGGGUAUCGGUACACAACCUUAUGUUGUGUACCGCAAGACUGAGCCGGAGCUUGCAGAAACGAACGUCGUGUGCUCGGAACCGAGCCGCGACAUGAAAUAUAUUUCACUUGCGCCCAACGACGCGUUCAGCGUGGCCGACGACGCGCUCGACCCUCCGGGCGUCGAGCAUCACGAGCCCGCGUCGAGGGCGAGCGCUCCGAGCGGUAGCGCCCGACGCGCGGCCUUCGAUAGCCACCACGUCCUCGACCCCGUCCUUGACCUCGACCAUCCGGUCAGCCACCACUUCACCCGGCCGAUCGCACGCCAAGACGCUCGCGCUGUUCCAACGGACGCGCGAGUUCGGAUCUGCCACUGGCUAGCUGAACUGCCUGUUCAGCUAGCAGCGCCUGGCGACCCGGAGACUCGCGGUACAAGACCGCUUGGCCCUUCCUCCCCGGCUUCACCUCUCCCUCCUCGUGUUCCGCAUCUCGACUCGAGGGACUCCCCGCUCGAGUCUGGCACCCCCAUACCAAAUCUUUGCGGCCCUGGCGACACGCAAACCGGCCGCGCGGCCCAGGACUCACGCGACACGCGCGCAAGUCCAGCGCCGAGCGACAGGGUCGAUGGAGACACGGCAGACGAAGAGCAAGCGGGAAGAGACGCCGAGGUGAAGGAGAAGGAAGGGAAAGUCUGGGAGCAGAUGAAGAGGGAUGAGGAGGAAGGCCGCGACGGGGAGAGCAAGCGCGAGCACGACGGCUCGAGGUAUAAAGGUACGCCCUCGACGGACGUGCCUCCCUCGCCGCCGCUGCCGCCUUCCACAGUGCCCGCGCCCGCAGACGUAUCGACGAACGGCGAGUUUGUCGUACGCGCUGCCGGCCACGACCCUCGCACACACCCGAGCCGGGACGACUCGAAGAUCGUACCGGCUGGCACAAUGCGUGGUGACACGGCGGACGCGCGCAGCUGCACGUCCGACGUGCAUCACAUCUCUGGUAUGGACGCGCCCCGGGACGACCUCAAGGAUGUACCCUCCGUCCGGCACGACGGCACGGCAAAUGCGCAGUGCGGCACGCCUGACGUGCGCAGUCCAACCGCGACUGCCCGUCGCGCCACGCGUACGUCUAGCCCGCCGCUCGACGCACACGGUGCCAACGACCGCCUUCUGGAUGGCCACCACGAGCACCCGCCGUCUGGCGAGCUAGGGGAAUCCAGCGACGCGGGCUCGGCGACUCGCGGUACAAAACCGCCCGUCCUUUACUCCCCGGCGGUACCCUCCAGUCCCCGCGCCUUUCCACUGCACCUGAGCGGCCUCCCUUUCGAGCCUGGCACCUCAGGAUCAGAAGUUCGCGGCCUGGGCGACACGCAAACCGGUCGCGCGGCUCGGGACUCGCACGACGCGUGCGCAGGUCCAGUGCCGAGCAUCAAGGACGCGCCGAGCACAGGGCGAGGAGGAGUGGCGCAGGGCGUGAGUGACGCGCAGCGAGGAGGUGGAGAGGAGAGCACGAAGAGUGAGGGAGAGGAAGGAUGCAGGAUGAAUAGGCAGGACGAGCACGAGGGCUCGAAGAUAAUAGGUACGCCCUUUCCGGACGUACCUCCCUCACCGCCGCCGCUGCCGCCUCCCACAGUGCCCGCGCCAGCAGGCGUAUCGACGAACGGCGAGUUCGUCGUACGCGCUGCCAGCCACAACCCUCGCACACACAUACGCCGGGACGACUCGAAGGUCGUACCGGCUACCAUGCGUGGCAAUACGGAGGACGCGCACGCUCGCACGUCAGACGUGCCCCGCAUCCAGUUGGACGCGACAAGAUGCGGCCCGCACGUCCCCACGGAAGUGCAAGCCCUCCGCUGCUCCAGUGCAGCUGAACCUUCCCUGGUUAAGCUGGCAGAGCAGCCGGACGUACCUCGUACAUCGCCGCCGCUAUCGCCUCUCCAGGUGACCGCGUCAACAGGCGCAUCGACGAGCAUGCAGCUCGUGGUGCGUCCUGGUGAAUGUGAAUAUCGCAAGGGUGUGCACUGGGACGACCUAAAGGUCGUACCUGCCGUCUUGCUCGGCAGCACGGCGGACGCGCAGCGCGGCACGUCCAACAUACACGUUGCCAAUGUGCGCAACGCCGUGCUUGGUAUGCAUCAAGACCCGACGGGCGUGGCUGCUGAGAACAACCACGACGUGCGCGAUGUACGCUCCAGCGUACUCGCCACGGUUCCUACCACCUCCGACAGCAUGGUAGCUCAGCCUGCGAAGAUGGAGGAGGGGGAAGGGUGCGGCAUGGCCGCGGGCAUAUCAACUUCGUCAAGAAUCACCGCUCCGCUGCGAUCGUCAAUGCGUAGCACGACGAGCUCGCCGCUCGUCGUGGAUGCUACCUGCAGUACCGGCAGCAGGACCAGCGCGCGUAGCAGCACACCCAACAGGUCCGCCGCGCAUCCCGCCGUUGGACGCUAUGUGCCUCCUGCUCGCCGUACGCACGAACGAGCAACAUUGCACGUACGCAAUGUUCCGUCCGCGGCCCAACGGUUCGAGCAGGUGAUGACUGACUGGAAGGAGCAGCAGCGAUGCCGGGACAAGCAACAGCAGGAAGAGUUGCACCAGCGCGAAGAGGAGUCACGCCUGAGGCUCGAGGCGAUGCAGCAGCGACUGGACCGGAAGCUGUGGGAUAUGGCCACCUCGUUGAAGAAGACUCGCCGGGCAUCGUCAACGGUGACGGCGCCAUCUGGGAACAUGCACGCAAAGUCGAGCGAACGAGAACGAUCGCCGCCCGUUGAGCCCAGCAGCUCGACGUGUGCCAAGGUUCGGGAAACCUCAACGCCGACGGGGUCCGCAGUACCAGGCAAACGGAGACGUUUGUCUGGCACCACGGCUGCGUACGCACAUACAGGAACUGUGUCGGGAACCAGCACAUCGAAUGGCGUGUUCGGUCACCGUCGAUCUCGUACGAGUACCAGUACACCGCUGCACGAUGUACUGGGCCCGGAACGAGUACAUGCUCGAUCUCAUGCUAGCUCGUCACCCAGCUGCUAUGCUCAACCAGCAGUGCGAGCUACUGCGGGUGGCUGGUCAGAUGACGACGUAGUCUCGUCAUCUUCAGACCACGCAAAUGAUGAGCGAGAGCUCUCUGAACAUUCAGAGAGCUUGUCUGACCACUUGGGUCAUCAGGACUACACGACUGAUUCUGUAGUAGUCGAGGACUACUACGAGUCAGAGUCUGACGUUCAUGAUCUAUCUGCAGACUCGUAUGCCUCUAGUCCAUCUGCAUAUUCUGCAGAUGACUAUGAUAACGAUGACAGCUAUGAGGACGAUUACUACUCAGAGUAG